GCUGCACACAAACGUCUACCGUUUUAUUAUUUUAUGGACAAAUUGGCGUACACCGAGGAUCAUGUGCUGGUGAAGAAACUCUAUUUGAGCGAUGUGCCAAGACACAUGACGCAAGAAAUGCUGACGCCAUAUUUAGAAAAGUUUGGUAAGGUGCUGGAACUGAAAUUGUUCCUCAUCGGUAAAAGGAUAAACAGAAGGAUACAAAAAAUGGCAGCACUUGUGCUAUUCGAUAAUCCAUAUAGUGCUUCCAAAUUCUUGAGCCUGAGAUUUGAUUUUCAUGCAACCGUUUCCGAUAGCUGGAAUCAGCCCGAUGCCAUCAUUGAAUUCAAGAGUGAUCAGAGGGCGGCAAUAAUGAAAUUGAACGAUGAUUGCUUACGCAUAAUAAUUGAGAUGCUGUCAAUUAAGGAUCGCAUACGCUUUGCACGCAGCUGUACGCGCUUUCGUGCCGUUUAUGAACUUGCCUCGCCGUGGCUGCACGCGUCGCUGAGCUGUGAGACGUUAGACAUGAUGACCCUGUGGGAUAUACGCGACUUUUUUGUAUUAUCUGGACACCAUGUACAGCAGAUCAGCGGGACUCUGAAAAAUAAUCGCAAACGUGCAAUCAAAUUUUUGGGCAGGCAUUGCAUUAACUUGAAAUCAUUGGAUCUUACGAAAACUCAUUUGACCUUUGCUAGCAUACAUAACCUGCUGGCAAACUUGCAUAACUUGGAGAGUCUGCGCUUGGAUGGCUGCAGUCUAAUGAAUACACAUCUGAAGGCAUUGAAGCACUUGACGCAGCUGAAGGAACUGGACAUUUCUCACAACUUUUUGGCUGACAUUGGCAUAGAUGCAUUACCAGCUACGAUUGAAUCACUAACCUUAGUGAGUAGCUGUAAUUUUCUGGGAUACUCACUGCCAAAUAUAUGUCAGACGCUCGUGCAUCUCAAGAAAUUGGAUAUCAGAGGAAUUGAAAAUAUGAUUAAUACGUUUCAUGUGCUUUAUACCGACGUCACUUGUGCUAAUCUGGAGGAGCUUCUCUUCGAAGAUAAGAAAUGGUUUAAGGAGUAUGAGUACGUUGCUACAUUGCCGGCGCUUAGGAGACUAACUAUUGAAUAUAAUGAUGGGAGAUCGUUGAAUUGGAGUUUCUUGCGCCAGCUUGUUCGGCAUAAAUCUAAUCAGCUCGAGUACUUAAAAGUGAUCAACUCCGCAACCAUUGAUGUCGGAAUACUUGCUCAAAUAGGUCAGUUGUAUGCAUUGCGCUCAUUGCACUUGAUCAACCAAAGUACAAUUGAAGAUCUCGGCCUGGCGGCACUUUAUAGCUUAAAGCAACUUGAGGAGCUCAAUCUCAGCUCUUGUCUCCACAUUACCAACAGAGGUGUACUUCGACUGCUGCUCAACUUUCCUAAACUGCAGCAAGUUUAUUUAGAGUGUUGCACUCAGCUGACGGAUGAGUUGCCGCUCUCCUUCGUAGCCGACGGCGACAAUCAACCACUAAAGCCCAUUAGGCUGCAUCUCUAUGGCUGCAAUAUUACGCUAAUUAGCCUGCUGGAUGAUAAAGUGGCCUCCAAGAAGUUCUUGGACAUAUCGAUGAUACCUACAAUUUAUUCAAAGCCUGAACCUGCUGCCAUUUUAUUCGAACAAUUUGAUGAGUCCAUUUGAUUUGCAUUCUUUCUUGUAAGGUCCACAUAUGUACUAUUGAAGCUGUUGAAAUCUUUUUUUUACAUUUUACAAUUAUGUACUGUCUGUGUAAAGCAUUUUCUUAAUAAUGCGCCCAAUAAAGAAA